AUGCAUCCUGCAGCACGUUCCGUUUCCAGAAGAGGCUUGAUGUUGUUACUGCCUCAGCAAAGCAACCGAAUGGCUGUGCUGGUGGUGAGCCGAAGCUUUUCCCGUCGCAUCACUGCCUCUCAUCGCCCGACCAAUAUGCGGAAUAUUUCCACACGCAAGACAACCACAUCAUCAUCCAACAACAGCAAACAACAUCAGCCGUUGCAUUCGUCAGCCACAACACAACAAAGUACACUGUCAAUAGAACAAGCUGCCGCCAAGAAACAACAACAAGCCUUAGCCGAAUCAACUCCAACAGCUCCCACAAUGGAUCAAUUAAAGGUGCUCUUUACCGCCUCUGCCAUUCCCAUGAUUGGUUUUGGUGUCAUGGACAAUCUCGUCAUGAUCCAAGCCGGACAGUUUAUUGACAGUACCCUCGGUGUCACGAUGGGUCUCGCUACCAUGAGUGCCGCGGCGGCGGGACAAGUGGUAUCCGAUGUCAGCGGGGUCAUUUUUGGAGGGUCCCUGGAACGAUUUUUGCACCGGUACAAAUUGAUUCAACCGUCCAAUUUGACCGUCGCACAACGAUCUCUUCCCAUUUGUCGGAAUGUGGCAUUGUUAGGAGCUGUGAUUGGUGUGGCAUUUGGAUGUGCUCUGGGAGCAUCGUGUCUGUUAUUUAUGGAUUUGGCCGCCCGAGAACGCGCCGAACGAGCCAUUCAGUUGCAGGGCGUCUUGAAUGACAUGAUGAUGGCAGCGGGAGAUUUGCAGUGCGAGUCUUGUAUUAUUCACUUGGCCAAUAUGCCCGCCAUUGAAAAGCAAUUCUCCACCACCCAACAAGAGACGGGCAAGACACGUAUCAAAGUGCUGACCAGCACGCAACAAACACAAACAGAAACACCCAGUCUGGCACAGCGAGCUGCCGAGACGGGAUCAUCCCUGACCAAUGACGAUAAUUCCAUUUUGUGUACACCCAUCAUGACGUAUUCUGAGAAUGACAAUGAGAAUGAGAAUAAUAAUACUGAGAAACAAGAAAAUGUUGUGGCGGUUUUGGAAUUUCAUACCAAGGCAGAUGCCAUUCACGGAUUCACAGAGGCAGACAAAAAGGCGGCCAAAGUCAUGGCACGGCAUAUUGCAAUUUUCAUGAAUCGGUUGAGUGAUUGA